AUGAAUCUUCCUCACCGUGGUGGGAAACGGCGGCGCUCAGUAUCAGACUCAGACUCGUUCUCGGGAAGCGGCGGCGACAGCAGUGACAGCUCUCGGCUCCCCUCCGGGCCGGUGCUCAGCCCGCCCCCGGGCCUGGGACGCAGCCUGAAGGACCGCUGCCGCCAGUCGGCCUCAGCUGCAGGGGAAUGCAAGCAGACAGUUCCUGACGACCAAAUAGACAAGCUGCUGUUGGCAAAUUGGGGACUUCCUAAAGCAGUUCUGGAGAAAUAUCACAGUUUUGGUGUAAAAAAGAUGUUUGAGUGGCAGGCAGAGUGCCUUUUGCUUGGAAAAGUCCUGGAAGGAAAGAAUUUAGUUUAUUCAGCUCCUACAAGUGCUGGGAAGACUCUUGUUGCGGAAUUACUUAUUCUGAAGAGGGUUUUGGAAAUGCAUAAGAAAGCUUUGUUUAUUCUUCCCUUUGUUUCUGUGGCAAAAGAGAAGAAAUACUAUCUCCAGAAUCUGUUUCAGGAAGUAGGAAUUAAAGUAGAUGGUUAUAUGGGCAGUACUUCUCCAGCAGGGCGUUUCUCUUCCUUGGAUAUUGCUGUUUGCACAAUUGAGAGAGCCAAUGGUCUGAUCAAUCGCCUGAUAGAGGAAAAAAAGAUGGAUCUCCAGGCAGAUUUAGUCAGUCCUCUGUGUAAUGCUGUGCAGAUUGUUGGCAUGAGUGCUACUCUUCCUAAUUUGGAACUUGUGGCUUCCUGGUUGAAUGCUGAACUCUACUAUACUGACUUUCGUCCCGUACCACUCUUGGAGUCAAUAAAAAUUGGAAAUUCCAUAUAUGAUUCUUCAAUGAAGCUUAUGAGGGAAUUCCAACCCAUGCUACAAGUGAAAGGAGAUGAGGACCAUAUUGUUAGUUUAUGUUAUGAGACCAUUCUUGAUAACCAUUCAGUAUUACUUUUUUGUCCAUCAAAGAAAUGGUGUGAGAAGCUGGCAGAUAUCAUUGCCCGAGAGUUUUAUAAUGUAUACCAUCAAGCUGAGGGAUUGGUGAAACCAUUUAAAUUUCUACCAGUAAUGCUGGAACAAAAGGGCCUCCUGGAAGUGAUGGAUCAGUUAAAAUAUUUGCCUUCAGGAUUGGACUCUGUGCUACAAAAAACUGUACCAUGGGGAGUAGCAUUUCAUCAUGCAGGUCUUACUUUUGAGGAGAGGGAUAUCAUUGAAGGAGCCUUCCGCCAAGGUCUCAUUCGGGUUUUGGCAGCAACUUCUACCCUUUCUUCUGGGGUGAAUUUACCUGCACGUCGUGUGAUUAUUCGGACUCCUAUUUUCAGUGGUCGACCUCUAGAUAUCCUUACUUACAAGCAGAUGGUUGGUCGUGCUGGCAGGAAAGGAGUAGAUACAGUAGGUGAGAGUAUCUUAGUUUGUAAGAACUCUGAGAAAUCAAAAGGCAUAGCUCUACUUCAGGGAUCUCUAAAACCUGUUUGCAGCUGUCUGCAAAGACAAGAAGGAGAAGAAGUAACUGCCAGCAUGGUACGAGCUAUUCUGGAGAUAAUAGUUGGUGGAGUGGCAAGUACAUCACAAGAUAUGCAGACUUAUGCUUCUUGCACAUUUUUGGCUGCCAGUAUGAAAGAAGGGAAUCAGGGAAUUCAGACAAAUCAAGAUUCUUUUCAACUUGGAGCAAUCGAGGCCUGUGUGAUGUGGCUGCUAGAAAAUGAAUUCAUCCAGAUUACGGAAGCCAGUGAUGGAACAGAAGGAAAGGUGUACCAUCCAACACAUCUUGGUUCAGCUACUCUUUCUUCUUCACUUUCUCCAACUGAUACCUUAGAUAUUUUUGCUGACCUCCAAAGAGCAAUGAAAGGCUUUGUUUUAGAGAAUGAUCUUCAUAUUGUCUAUCUGGUUACACCUAUGUUUGAGGACUGGACGGUUAUUGAUUGGUAUCGGUUUUUCUGUAUAUGGGAGAAGUUGCCAACUUCUAUGAAAAGGGUGGCAGAGCUAGUAGGAGUUGAAGAAGGGUUCUUGGCUCGCUGUGUGAAAGGAAAAGUAGCAGCCAGAACGGAGAGACAGCACCGACAAAUGGCCAUCCAUAAAAGGUUUUUCACCAGUCUUGUGCUAUUAGAUUUAAUCAGUGAAGUUCCCUUAAAGGAAAUUAAUCAGAAGUAUGGAUGCAACCGUGGACAGAUUCAAUCUUUGCAACAGUCAGCUGCUAUUUAUGCAGGGAUGGUUACAGUAUUUUCCAACCGCCUGGGCUGGCACAACAUGGAACUACUACUUUCCCAAUUUCAGAAGCGUCUUACAUUUGGUAUCCAGAGGGAGCUGUGUGACCUGGUCCGGGUAUCCAUACUUAAUGCACAGCGAGCCAGGUUCCUCUAUGCUUCUGGCUUUCUUACUGUGGCAGAUCUUGCUAGAGCAAGUAUUGCUGAGGUGGAGGUGGUUCUGAAAAAUGCUGUUCCUUUCAAAAGCGUCCGGAGGGCAGUGGAUGAGGAAGAGGAAGCAGUUGAAGAACGUCGGAAUAUGCGAACUAUUUGGGUGACUGGCAGAAAAGGUUUAACAGAAAGGGAAGCAGCAGCCAUUAUAGUGGAAGAAGCCAAAAUGAUUCUGCAGCAGGACUUAGUUGAAAUGGGAGUGCAAUGGGAUCCAUAUUCCUUUUUAAAUUCUGGUACACAUUCAUUGACCAGCAGUGAGUCAGAAGUAAAGGAACAUACAUUUAUACCCCAAACUAAGAGUUCUUAUAAAAGAAUAACAUCAAAAAACAAAAGUAACACAAUAUUUAAUGAUUCUUAUGUUAAGCACUCACCAAAUAUAGUGAAAGAUUUAGAUAAAAGUAGAGAGCAUACAAAUUCCUUUUAUUAUAAGUUCCAGAAUGGGAAUCAAGAACAUCAGAAACAUUCAGUUUUCAGAGGAAGAAAACGGGCUUCUUUGGACAUAAAUACAGGGAAGCCAGGAACCCCUCUGAAUGAGAGAAAAACAAGUACUAAGAAAGUUGUUCGGACAUUCUCAUUUGAAAAAACAAAAAAAGCAGCUUUGAAUUUCAGUUCAGAAAAGAUGAACACAACUUUUCAAUCUUGGAAACAGAGAAAGUGUCUAAAACAAUCCAGGGACAGUAGCCCUCUGAAAGACUCUGGGAUGUAUGGAAUUGAUUUACAGGGACAGACUAUGUCUAGUCCUAUUCUUUGUGAAGACCCAAUUUCCUUAGAUGAGAAGAAUAUGGAAUUUAGAAGUCCAGAGCCAUUUGCUAAAAACGGAUCUUUUUGUGCUGAGGGAAAAAACAAAACAUCAUUCCCGUUACAAAUAGAACAAAGCUGUUCAAGGAACAGAACAAUAACUAAUGAUAUUCUUGUGGAACAUUUUUACACAGGAUCCCAGAGUAAAAAUGUGACUUGUCAAGCCACUAGUGUGGUUAGUGAAAAUGGAAGGGGAUUAGCUGUUGUUGAAACAGAAAAAAUAAAUGAAGUGCUAAAACAAAAUGAUUCAAAAAACCAGAAUGUUUAUGUGGAACACCAUGACAUCCAUCCAAUGAACCAGUGCCUGGAAAUUCAGUCUAAUAAACAGACAACCACUUACACCAAACGAAAAAAAAAAAUGGAGAGACAAAUGCCCUGUGAGGCGGUCAGUAGAUAUAUGAAUGGAGAAUCAAAUGUUACUACUAUCACAUGUGAAAGUAUAAAGUUUAAUGCUGAGGAAAAUAAACCAAAUCAUUUUCAGGCAUUAGGAGAUAAUGUACACAGAACUGAAACGCCCAGUGGAAUACUUCUAUCAACUGGAACAUUUGGUAAAUUGGGAGGCCAGCAUGAGAAUUUUCUAAAAACCUCUAGAAUACAAGAAAUAAACAAAACUAAAAAUCCUGUUUCUAACUUAGGUUUAGCCCUCUGUGAUUUUGAAGAUAGUUUCUACCUGGAUACUCAAUCAGAGAAAAUAAUACAACAGAUGGCAACUGAAAAUGCCAAAAAAGGAGCAAAGGACGUCAACCUGGCAUCAGGGAUAAUGCGGAAGAACUUAGACAAACAGAACUUGAUGAGCUCUUUUCAGAAUGAGAUUCACAUUACUGUUCCUGGUAAACAGCAUUCUGCAGGAGUGACUCAUAUAGGUCAUUUGGACCUUAAGACUAUGGAUCCUAUGAAACAAAACACUGAUUCACUUGGGAUUGAUAUCCUGACUCCAGAAAGCCCAGUGUUUUAUUCUCCAAUACUAUUGGAGGAAAAUGGCCCUUAUUUUAAGGGGAAUGAACUUUCUGUUACUGACUCCCAGUUAAAUAGUUUUCUUCAAGGCUAUCAAACACAAGAAACUAUGAAAUCAGUCGUACCUCUGGUUCCUCAAAAGAGAACUCCCACUGGUAUAGAAGGAGAGUGUCUGCCAGUUCCUGAAACAAGUUUAAAUAUGAGUAAUAGUUUACUGUUCGACAGUUUCAAUGAAGACUGCCUAGUAAAAGAACAAACACCUGAUGUACAAGUGAAAGACCCCCUUACUUCUGAAAUAACAUCAAAUCAUUUCAGUGAUUCUUUGUGUCUACAAGAAGAGGGCCCAAUUGAAAAAUCAAAUAUAAAUGAGAAUCAAGAUAUUCAGCAGCAGUUGACUUGUUUCAAUGAUGAAUCUACUGUAUUUUCAGAAAUGGGUUCUUUUCAGAUGGUUGAAGCUUUGGAUAAUGUAGAUAUAUUUCCUGUUCAAGAAAAGCAUAAUACCGUAUCUCUUAAGGCAUUAGAACUAAAUGAUCUAGUGAUUGUAGGUAAUGAUCACUGCCAAGGAGAAGCAGUUGGAGGAGAUCAAGAUGAAAGAGCACAAAAAUCCAAAUUAACUGGGUCAAGGCAAAGUAAUUCAUUCAUAUGGUCAGGGGCAUCAUUUGAUUUAAGUCCAGGACUGCAAAGGAUUUUAGAUAAAGUGUCAAGUCCUCUAGAAAAUGAAAAGCUAAGAUUAACUAUAAACUUGUCUAGUUUGAAAGGAAAAAAUACAAAGUUAAAUGAGAGACAAGAAGUAAUUUCAAAUUUGGAGACAAAUCAAGUGUGGGGAAUUUCAUUUUCCCCUAAUGAAGUAGAAAGCAAGAAAGAGGCAUUAGAUAACAAUACCAAUCAUGGUGAAACCUCAUGCCUCUCGCCUUGUAAAGAAAGCUGCAUAAUUGAUGAUAAUGGUCUCAUUCCUCCUACACCCAUUCCAGCAUCUGCUUCUAAGCUGGCAUUUCCAGAGAUUCUUGGAACAUCUAUAAAAUUUUGGAAAACCGGUAGUGUUUCACAACCUGGCAAAAGUUAUUAUGGCUCUCCUUCAGUUAUUAAAAUCCAUGAUAUAAGUCCAGAGAGUAGAAAUGGUUUCAAAGGUGACAGUCCUGUCAGAGAUACAAGUUUUUCACUGCAGUUGUCACAGGAUGGAUUGCAGUUAACUCCAGCCUCAUGCAGUUCAGAAAAUAUGGCCAUAAUUGAUGUAGCAAGUGACCAAACUCUCUUUCAAACAUUCAUUAAGGAGUGGCAGUGCAAGAAGCGAUUUUCCAUUUCACUGGCUUGUGAAAAGAUUAGAAGUUUGACAUCUUCUAAAACUGCUACUAUUGGUGGUAGGUUUAAACAAGUUAGCUCACCUCAAGAAACCCCUAUUAGAGAUGAUGGAUUUCCUGUUCGAGGCUGUGAUGACAUCUUGGUGGUUGGACUGGCAGUAUGCUGGGGUGGAAGGGAUGCCUAUUACCUUUCAUUGCAGAAGGAGCAAAAGCAUUCUGAAAUUAGUGCCAGUUUGGUCCCACCUUCUUUGGAUCCAAGCUUGACUGUGGAAGACAGGAUGUGGCACCUUCAAUCCUGCUUGCAAGAGAAAUCUGAUAAAGAAUGUUCUGUUAUCAUCUAUGACUUCAUCCAGAGCUAUAAAAUUCUUCUUCUGUCUUGUGGCAUCUCCCUGGAGCAAAGUUAUGAAGAUCCUAAGGUGGCUUGCUGGUUACUAGAUCCAGAUUCUAAGGAGCCGACUCUUCAUAGCAUAGUUGCCAGUUUUCUUCCUCAUGAGCUUCCGCUCCUAGAAGGGAUGGAGACUGGCCAAGGAAUCCAAAGCCUGGGGCUGAAUGUCAGCACUGAGCAUUCUGGGCGAUACAGAGCAUCUGUAGAGUCCAUUCUCACCUUCAACUCUAUGAAUCAACUCAACUCUUUGUUGCAGAAGGAAAACCUUCAAGAUGUUUUCUGUAAAGUGGAAAUGCCCUCUCAGUACUGCUUGGCCUUGUUAGAACUAAAUGGAAUUGGUUUUAGUACUGCAGAAUGUGAAAGUCAGAAACACAUAAUGCAAGCCAAGCUGGAUGCAAUUGAGACUCAGGCCUAUCAACUAGCCGGCCACAGUUUUUCCUUCACCAGUUCAGAUGACAUCGCUGAGGUUUUGUUUUUGGAAUUGAAGUUGCCACCAAACGGAGAGAUAAAAAACCAAGGCAGCAAGAAAACUUUGGGUUCUACCAGAAGAGGGAAUGACAAUGGACGCAAGCUAAGGCUGGGAAGACAGUUCAGCACUAGUAAGGAUGUUUUAAAUAAAUUAAAGGCAUUACAUCCUUUACCGGGCUUGAUACUAGAAUGGAGAAGAAUCACUAAUGCUAUUACCAAAGUGGUCUUUCCCCUGCAGCGGGGAAAGCGUUUGAAUCCUUUUCUUGGAAUGGAAAGAAUCUAUCCUGUAUCACAGUCGCACACUGCUACAGGACGAAUAACCUUUACAGAACCAAAUAUUCAGAAUGUGCCAAGAGAUUUUGAGAUCAAAAUGCCAACACUAGUAGGGGAAAGCCCACCUUCCCAAGCUCUAGGCAAAGGCCUACUUCCCAUGCGCAGAGGACAAAAUAAGAAGAGUUAUAGCCUGAACCCUGGGCACCAGGCACAGAUGGAGGAGAGAGCCUCAGACAGAGGAAUGCCGUUUUCAGUUAGCAUGCGACAUGCGUUUGUGCCUUUCCCAGGUGGUUUAAUAUUGGCUGCUGAUUACUCCCAGCUUGAACUGAGGAUCUUGGCUCAUUUAUCCCAUGAUCGUCAUCUCAUUCAAGUGUUAAACACUGGAGCUGAUGUUUUCAGGAGCAUUGCAGCAGAUUGGAAGAUGAUUGAGCCAGAGUCUGUUGGGGAUGAUCUGAGGCAACAGGCAAAACAGAUAUGCUAUGGAAUCAUUUAUGGAAUGGGAGCGAAAUCUUUGGGAGAACAGAUGGGCAUUAAAGAAAAUGAUGCUGCCUGCUAUAUUGACUCUUUCAAAUCCAGGUACACAGGGAUUAAUCAUUUCAUGAAAGAGACAGUGAAGAAUUGUAAAAGAGAUGGGUUUGUUCAGACCAUUUUGGGAAGACGUAGAUAUUUGCCAGGAAUCAAAGACAACAACCCUUAUCAUAAAGCUCACGCUGAGCGUCAGGCUAUCAACACAAGAGUCCAAGGAUCGGCAGCUGAUAUUAUCAAAAUAGCCACUGUUAACAUCCAGAAGCAAUUAGAGACCUUCCACUCAACCUUCAAAUCCCACAGUCAUCGAGAGAGUAUGCUCCAAAAUGACAGAACAGGAUUGUUACCAAAGAGAAAACUGCAGGGGAUGUUCUGCCCAAUCAGAGGAGGCUUCUUCAUCCUUCAACUCCAUGAUGAACUCUUAUAUGAAGUGGCAGAAGAGGAUGUUGUUCAGGUAGCUCAGAUUGUCAAGAAUGAAAUGGAAAGUGCUGUCAAACUUUCUGUGACACUGAAGGUGAAAGUGAAAAUAGGUGCCAGCUGGGGAGAGCUGAAGGAUUUUGAUGUAUAACUGUGCCGUUGAUGAAGUCCUGCCAGGGAAGCCUGGUGCAGAUAUAGUCCUCUGGAAAGAACAGAGAUUACCCUUUCACCUACUUCAUGAAAACAUACUUGAAUCUUUAUAGACUUAAGAUAGUAAUUUUAUAGUGGGAGUUUCAAAAUGUAUAUCAAGAUCUAUUUUCUAUAGCAUCCAAAAACUUUUUUGGGGGUGGGAAGGGAAGGUGAAAUACCACGAUAAUGAUUAUAAUCAGUCUCAAAGGGUAUCUGUGAAUUUGCCUUUUAUAAUUUACUGUGGCUUUAAACAUAUUGCGAACAUAUGCUUGAAAUAUGCACUUAGCACUUUGGGUCCUCAUCUGUCUGGGUUGAGCGUGAAGAGAAUGGAGUUGCUGCCUCAGGCUCAUUUUCAGCUCUGUCCAGGAUUCAGGCACUUGUGCUGUAGACCCCAACAGGAGCCAUAGGCAGAUAAGGAUUUGGUUUCACAUACACCACCAGGGUUAGAUAUUGUGAUUCUCCCCCC